AUGGAAGUUCCUGAAUCUUCUCAAGUUAAAUUGGUAGCUUAUAAAUUAAAAGGUGGAGCUGCAGCUUGGUGGGAAAAACUCGGUAAAGAUCGACGCAAUGCUCAUAAACCUCCUAUACGUACAUGGCAAAGAAUGAGACAAUUAUUAAGAGAUAAAUUCUUACCUAGAGAUUAUAUGCAACAACUUUUUAUUAAGCUUCAGAACUGUCGACAAGGGGCCAGAUUAGUUGAAGAAUACGUUGCUGAGUUCUAUGCUUUAGUUGCUCGUAACCAAUUGCAUGAAACUGAAGAGCAAUUAGUUGCACGUUUUAUAGCUGGUUUGAAUAAUUUAAUUCAACAUGGACUGACGCAGUCCGUGUUUACAAUGGUUGAAGCCAUCCAACAAGCUAUUAGAGUUGAAAGGCGUGUACUCAGUACCUUUAGACAAGCAACUCCACGUCAAGCUCAUUAUCAACAUUUUUCUAAAACUUCCAGACCAUAUAAUUAUUCUUAUGGUUACCAAGCUGAAAAGGGAUCAACAGUCGUUGAUCCAUCCUUAGAGGGACCAACUGUCUUUGUUGAUCCACAUGACAGAAGUGCAAACCAACCAUAUCAGCAACAACAACCUACUUAUGUUCCUUCAGAACCUGCUCCUACAAUGCAUAUCUCAUCUGCUAAGCCACCUCAGCCUCCUCCACAACGAAAUUUUGUUCGCAAUACUAAAGACGAAACACAAGAAGAAGAAGCAUUAGGAGAUGAUGAAUUAUUUUAUCUUCAAGAACAUGAGACUUAUGAUGCAGAUUUCCUUAGGAUGAUUCGACCAGUUUUAAUCACUGAACCAUGUCCUACUCAGAGACAUAAUAUUUUCAGAUCUCAUUGUUUCAUUGAAGAGAAGCUUUGCACCAUGAUCAUUGACAGUGGAAGUAAAGAAAACUAUGUUUUUGCAAAGUUAGUUGAGAAACUUGGUUUACCUGUUACUCUUCAUCCAAAACCGUAUUUAGUUGGAUGGAUAAACAACUCUUCCACUCAGCAAAUUAAUAAUCAAUGUUUGGUGAAGUUUUCUUUCCCUGGGUAUUCAGAUUAUGUUUUGUGUGAUGUUAUUAACAUGAAUGCAGCAAGUUUAUUAUUGGGAAGACCAUGGCAGUAUGAUAUUCGUGUUGUUCAUAGCUGCUAUGAGAAUACGUAUACCUUUGUUCAUGAAGGGUUUACUAAAGUUCUAUGGCCUUUACAAUCUUCUAAUUCAGUCAAGGAACCAUCAGAUAAGAAGACAAAUGCACUAGUUGCUACCAUUGUUCAUUCUUUACAACCAAAACAUUCUUUGAGUUCUCAUGAAGCUGAUAAACCUGGAAAUUCUAGACAAGAUCUACAACAUCAGAUAUACUUUAUACCUGGAACUUUUAUUCCUAAUCAACCUCAUUAUAGGUUAAGUCCUAAAGAACAUGAGAUUUUACAAGGUCAGGUUGAUGAUUUGUUACAAAAAGGUUUGGCACUGCAGGACAAUGUUUUGUAUGUGCAUCUAAAGAAGUGCACUUUCUUUACAAACAAGGUCACUUUCUUGGGAUAUGUUGUGUCGGAUACUGGUAUUUCUGUGGAUGAUUCUAAAGUUAAGGCAAUUGUGGAUUGGCCUACUCCAACAUCUAUUCGUGAAGUAAGAAGUUUUCAUGGGUUAGCUUCUUUCUAUAGAAGAUUUGUGAGAAACUUUAGUACCAUUGCAGUUGGUUUGACAGAUUGUUUGAAGUGUGAUACUUUUGAGUGGACUGAAGAAGCAGAUAAGAGCUUUAAUCUUCUUAAGGAAAAAUUGUGCAGUGCACCUGUUCUUGCCAUGCCAAAUUUUGAUAAACCUUUUGAGAUUCAUUGUGAUGCUUCUGUUGUUAGCAUUGGUGCUGUGUUAUCUCAGGAAGGACAUCCAGUUGCAUACUAUAGUGAAAAGAAUUCAGAUACAAGGAAGAAGUGGUCUACUUAUGAGUUGGAAUUAAUUGCUCUUGUUCAAGCUCUUAAGAAUUGGCAUCCUUAUCUUAUUCACAUUGAAUUUGUUGUCAAUACUGAUAAUCAAGCUCUCAAGUUUUUGAAAACUUCAACAAAGGUCAAUAGGAUGCAUGAUAGAUGGUUAUAUACUAUUAACCAAUAUACUUUUUCCAUUAAACAUCAAAGUGGGAAACUUAAUCAAGUUGUUGAUGCUUUGAGUAGGAGAGCUCAUCUUCUGGUUACUCUUAAACAUGAGAGUUUAGCCUUUGAUUUCUUAAAAGAUUUAUAUAGUGAAGACAAAGAAUUUAAGCAACCUUGGGACAAGUGUGGUUCUUCAACAGGAAGUGUUGAUGAUUUUCUCAUUCAAGAAGGGUUUCUCUUUAAAGGAAAUCGUUUAUCUUUGGUUGAAGAACGUUAUUUUUGGCCUUCUAUUAAAAGAGAUGUUCAAAAAUACGUACAAAAAUGCAUGAUUUGUCAACAGUCUAAAGGUAAUAUUCAAAACACUGGCUUGUAUACUCCUCUACCAAUUCCUGAAGCUCCUUGGGUGGAUAUUAGCAUGGAUUUCGUGCUUGGUUUACCACGUACUGUGAGGGGGAAUGAUUCUAUUAUGGUAGUUGUUGAUCGUUACUCAAAGAUGGCUCACUUCAUAGCAUGCAAGAAAACAACUGAUGCAUCCAAUUCUUUAUGGAUGCAUUUGGGUACUAAACUUCAAUUUAGUACAACUGCUCACCCUCAAACAGAUGGACAAACUGAAGUAGUCAAUCGAUCUUUAGGAAAUAUGAUUAGAGCCAAAGUUAUUGGAGGAAGAGAGAAGCAAUGGGAUAAUCUCCUUUCACAUAUGGAAUUUGCUUAUAACACUUCAGUUAAUCGAUCUACAGAUUUGGUGGUACUUCCCAAGCUGCGUAAAUCAAACGCUAAGGCAGAUAACUUUGUUGAGAAAGCUUCACUCAUACAUCAAGAGCAAAAAAUCUCAACAUUUCGAUAUUUUGACUUCUCACUGACAUCACUGAAUUCUGGGAUUCUGCUAAAUAGUUACAACUGCUACAAUGAUGUAGAUCAUGGCUGUCGGUGA